CCUUCUGUAAACGGUCUGAUAUGAGUCCAAAACAGGAAAAGUCUCCAAAUAAUUCUUGAUCUGGUCAAAAGUAAUGCGAAUUUCUCAAAGAUAGAGAAUAGAAUAAAAAUGGGCUUGUAAUCACGUACCUGGAUGAACAUUUUACAUUUUGGAAUCGGAACAAAUAAUCGCAAACUUCCAGAUAUCAGGAAAAACUUCGAAAGUGAAGCAAUGAUUAAAUAAAUGACGGACAAUAAUUGGAAAGAUGCAAGAGAAAGAGAGAGAGAGAGAGAGAGAGAGAGCAGUUAUCGCAUUUUAAGAUAUAAAUGUAGCUCCAGCAGAUCCAAAUUUGACACAGAGAAUGGGAGAGAGACAGAGACAGGAAGGUUUGUUUUCGGUGAAAAAUGAAAGGAUUCAGGAAGAAGGCGAGGAAGAGAAGUAAGAAGAAGAGGAGCACAAAAAAGUAAAACUGUCACUCGCGCGUGUGAACGCCGCGUGAUUGCCGAUAAGGCUGGCCGAUAAGGACGAUGACGACGACGGCAGCGGCGGCUGAUUGACCGUGGGAUAGGGAUGGUGAAUUCGCGACGGUGUCCUCCGCGCUGAUGCUACUCCUAGCCGGUUAUUCCGCGUUGAAACAUGGCACCGAGCGUAACGGCGGCGGCGGCGGCGAGUCCGCGCGGAAAGGUCCUCACUAAGGACAACGUCUGCGUGAACUUGCGUAAAAUGGAGUUUAUGAUAUUCGGGCCGCUGCACAUCAGGGCGCUGGAGAUCAAGAAGGAGCUGCGAAAGGGUGUUAAGAAACCCUUCAAGGAAGUGAUCGAGGCGGACAAAGGGGAUGCCCACGCGAUGGGCCAACGGCCCAUCAAGUUUCUGCGGCAGGUGCUCACCCUGACGGUCUCGCCGAAUCUGCUGGACGACCCGAGCUACCCGGAGGACGCGAAGGAUCGCGCCCGGGUAAUCCUAGGUGACUGCCAUGGAGGCAGUGUGGGCGCGUACGCCGUGGAAGCGGUCGGCAUUGAGUGCAUACGCAAGCACGUUGCGCAAUACAUUCAGAAUCGUGACGGGGGUAUCCCUUCCGAUUACCGCAACAUCAUCCUCACGAACGGGGCUACUCACGCUAUUACGUUAUUCCUGAAGCUGUUCAACGAAAUAAUCGACGGCAAACCGUCCGGCGUGAUGAUCCCUAUUCCUCAGUAUCCUUUGUACUCGGCGACCAUAGCGGAAUUUGGUCUCGCUCAAAUCGACUACUAUUUAAAUGAGGACAACAAGUGGUCGCUGGAGAUCAGCGAGUUGGAAAGUGUCCUGGAAAAGGCCAAGAGCACUUGCAAUCCCCGCGUGCUGGUGGUGAUCAACCCCGGUAAUCCGACCGGUCAAGUAUUGACUCGCAAGAACAUCGAGGAUGUAAUCCGCUUCGCACACAAGCAUCACCUGUUCCUGCUAGCCGACGAGGUCUAUCAGGACAACGUAUACGAUAAAGAUAGCGCGUUCCAUUCCUUUAAGAAGGUCAUGACGGAGAUGGGCGAGCCAUAUUCGAAAAUGGAGCUCGCGUCGUUUAUGUCGAUCUCGAAAGGAUACAUGGGCGAGUGUGGGAUUCGCGGUGGCUACGCCGAGAUCAUCAAUACGGAUCCGGAAGUGAUGAAGUCGUUGAUGAAGAUGAUCGCGAUGGUGUGCUCUACCGUGCUCGGCCAGAUCGUGUUGGACGUCGUGGCGAAUCCGCCACGACCAAACGAGCCAUCGUACGAGCAAUUCCAAACGGAGAAGAUGGGAAUCCUGCGCUCCCUGGCAGAGAGAUCGCAGCUCGUCGUCAACAUGCUCAAUAGCAUUCCAGGAUACAAGGUGAAUCCACCGAUGGGCUCGUUGUAUGUUUUCCCGCGCUUCGAGUUGCCGCCGAAGGCGAUUGAAGCAGCGCGUGCAGAGGGUCAGGAACCGGACGUCUUCUACGCGUUCAAACUGUUGGAGAGCACCGGGAUCAUGGUAAGCCCGGGCUCGGACUUCGGUCAGGUGCCUGGCACGAAUCAUUUCCGGACCACGAUACUGCCGCAAAAAGAGAAAUUAAAAACAAUGCUUGAAGCGCUGAAGCAAUUUCACAUUAAGUUUCUUAAAGAAUACAGUUAAAUAAUAAUAUAUUUCCGAUUAAGAAAAUUGAGAUUAUAAAGAAUAGAAGUAGAAAUCAAUGAUCGAGGAAUGACCUGGGGGCUGUGCAUAUCCGCGUGAGGGCUAAUUCUCGGUUUGAACGCGUCACGAAUCUAAAAUAUAUUACGUUUAAUGGUUCACUAUAUUAAGAUAUCGUUAUCGCAAAUGACGUUGUAAUCAAGUUGUGUAGAAAUGAUGACGAAGUUUUAAAUUGUUGUAUUUAAAUGUAAAUAUAAAUCACUGUUGAAGAAUAUCUGUAAAUAUCUUGUAUAUAUGGUCAUCGUUAUAUCUACAUUAACAGUCAAUUAUAUAAUAAUUAAGAAAAGAGUAUAUUAUUUGAA